UUUUAGAUGAAUUGCAUGAACAUGGGCAGUUGCAUUCAAUGUCCUCUUGGAUGGAGUUGUACCCAACCAUAAGCUCUGACAUCAGAUUCACAAAUAUGCUUGGUCAGCCUGGAUCAACAGCACUUGAUCUUUUCAAGUUCUAUGUUGAAGACUUGAAAGCACGUUACCAUGAUGAAAAGAAGAUAAUAAAAGAUAUAUUAAAGGAUAAAGGAUUUGUGGUUGAAGUGAAUACUUCUUUUGAAGACUUUGUUACAGUCAUCAGCUCAACUAAAAGAGCUACUACUUUAGAUGCAGGAAAUAUCAAACUGGCUUUCAAUAGUCUGCUGGAAAAGGCAGAAGCCCGUGAGAGGGAGAGAGAGAAAGAAGAAGCUCGCAAGAUGAAGCGGAAAGAGUCCGCGUUCAAGAGUAUGUUGAAACAAGCAACACCUCCCAUUGAACUGGAUGCCGUCUGGGAAGAUAUCAGGGAUAGAUUUGUGAAGGAACCAGCAUUUGAAGACAUCACUCUAGAAUCUGAAAGAAAAAGAAUAUUUAAAGACUUCAUGCAUGUGUUAGAGCAUGAAUGUCAGCAUCAUCAUUCAAAGAAUAAGAAACAUUCUAAAAAGUCUAAAAAACACCACAGGAAGCGAUCUCGCUCUCGCUCAGGCACAGAGUCUGAGGAUGACGAUAGCCAUUCGAAGAAGAAAAGGCAGCGCUCAGAAUCCAGAUCAGUUUCUGAACGUUCUUCCAGCGCAGAAUCUGAGAGAAGUUACAAGAAGUCAAAAAAACACAAGAAGAAGAGCAAGAAGAGAAGACAUAAGUCAGGCAACUGGGAUACUUCUGGCAGCGAGCUGAGCGAGGGGGAGCUGGAGAAGCAGCGGAGGACGCUUUUGGAGCAACUGGAUGAAGAUCAAUGAGAACGUUAUUUAUACCAAAUAUGUUUACAUUGUGGCAUAAUAAAAGAAACCAAUGUC